UUUACUUCAACUCUUAUAUAAACACUGCAUUGGCAAACAGACUCCGCCCCCCGCCGAGGCUGCGUGGACACGAAGAAACAGCAGGUUCGUCACUUGAUGCUAGAAAAGGUCAGAACCAUAGACUGAAUAUAAAAAUGGAUGUGAAACCAAUGCAGAAGUGUCUGAAGCCUGUAUUCAGCAAGAAGGGUCUCGGUUCGAAUCCCGGUUUCCCACAGUCCACAGUGGGCGGAAUCAGGAAUGAGGUAAAGUGGUGGAGGAGGUCCGACGGGUAAUCGGGUGGCCCACAGUCUGGAGGGGUUUAUAGGUGAGGAGGAGGAUUUUAACAUGAACCCCAGUGAAGAUGGAUGAGGGUGAUGAGCUGCCAGGGCCCGGUUCAGACGACUUCUGUACAUACUGUACCGCAGCCAAUCCAGGAAGAGGAUCCCGAUUCAUGCAUUCAGCUCGUCAUGUUGUGAGGACCACACUUCCACCAGAUCUCUAUUAAGACUCACACCGGCUCGUGAUCUCCGGCAGAAGUUCGUCAGCUGGGCAUGUGGACGGUCUGCACAGCGACAGCAACAAAGAGUAAUAUUUCAAUUCUUCAAACUGUUCAACUGAUUCAAGGUGUCAAAGAUUUUAAUUUUAUUACAUGAACUGUUUCAUUAAGUCAAAGAUUUGUCCGGUCUGUUCACAGAGAACCAGGACGAUCAUCCUCUGUGCAGCAGCUUUAUUAAUAAGUCAAAUGCUCCAGUGAAAGAUUCAGAGCAUCUCUUGUACCUGCAGACGCUUUAAUGAACCAUGUCGAUGUAAUGUCUGUUCCUAAGUGUCAUGUAUUCACAGUUUAAGCCGAACGCUUUGCUUUCGUUUGGAUAAUUGACACAUUUGCUCUUGUGUCACGUCUUCGAUCUGAUCUGGUGAUUGUGUUUGUCCUCAUUGACUCGUGGAGAUGGAUCUAACACUCAUUACUGUACAUGUGGCUUUGCCUGAUUCUCUGUGUUCAUUCGUUGGAUGUCUCGGCCUGGUGUUGGUGACCAUGUGAUUAAUCGCUCAUAUCUUGUAUCUGCAGGAGACACGUGUGAAAAACCAUCAUCAACCUCUUUAUAAGUUGUUGUUUUUCUUGUUUUGUUUGAGCCUGAUGGAAAACAUCACCUACAACAGCUUGACCCUGCAGUUGCAGGGGUUAAAGGUCACAGAGUUUUCCGUCUACCCAGCCUUCGCCUUCAUCCUUCUGUCCUACAUUGUUAUCAUAUUAUUCAACGUAGGUAUUGUGGUGCUGGUUGUCUUGGACAAGAACCUUCACACGCCGAUGUACCUCCUGUUCUGCAACCUGCCCAUCAACGACAUACUGGGGAACUCCAUCAUGUUGCCCCGGCUGCUGUCAGACAUCCUGCGUCCUCCCUCCGAGCGUCUCAUCAGUUAUUACGAGUGUGUGGUUCAAGCUUUCACCGCACACAUGUUCGGCACCACUUGUCACACUAUCCUCAUCAUCAUGGCCUUUGACAGGUAUGUGGCCAUCUGUAAUCCUCUGCGCUACAACUCCAUCAUGAGCAACCGAAUGGUAAUCAAGCUGACGGUGUGGGCGUGGGGAGUGUCCUUCGUUAUGGUCGGGAUUCUGCUCGGUCUGACCAUCAGGCUGAACCGAUGCAGGACUCUGAUCGCAAACCCGUUCUGUGACAACGCCACACUGUUCAAGCUCUCCUGUGAGAAUGUGUUCAUCAACAACGUCUACGGCCUCACGUUCACCGUGGUGCUGUUCUCAGCCUCGAUAGGCAGCGUGGUUCUCACCUACACAAAGAUCACCGUCAUCUGUCUGACCAGUAACAACAAGUCUCUGAACAGCAAAGCCCUGAAGACCUGCAGCACUCACCUGUCCGUCUAUCUCGUCAUGUUCCUGUCCGGGACCGUCGUCAUCAUCCUGCAUCGCUUCCCUCAGUUCUCCGACUACAGGAAACUCUGCAGCGUUCUGUUUCACAUCGUCCCGAGCAGCCUCAACCCCAUCAUCUACGGUGUCCAGUCAAAAGAGAUACGACAAUCGCCCCUGAAAUGGUUCAAGUCCAAAAAGGUUUUAUCAUAAUUAUGGUUUAAAUACAAAUAUCAUUUAAAACGCAACUUAGAAGAAACGUGAGUCUUUGCUGUUUGUUGUGUUGUUGAUCUUCACUUUCCAUCAAUUACCUUUUGUUGAAUGUCGACACGGUUUAGAAAAAUCACUGAAGUCAGUAAUGUUGAAAUAUUUUUUGCAAUGAUUCACAGUCUUGAUUCAUGUGCGUGUUUCUCAUCCAUAUGUUUUGUGUCUGUGUGCA